ACAAAAGCCUACGCUACGAACAACCACAGAAUCGCGUAGCCAAAACAAAAGCCAAUCGCGACCAAAUCCGCGGCCAACCAAUUCGCCCGCCGCCACCACCGCUGCCAAAGUGACAGGGCAGGACUCAGGCGGGCGGCCCUGUGUUCCAGUGGGGGCGCCGCCAGCCGUCAAGAUAGCCGCAGAGCCGAAGCUGCAGUUGUGCGGGGGCUGGAGUGGGCAGUACGCGCUGGAGGGAUGCGUGGACGCGGCUAUACUCCGGCCUCCGGCGCCCCCGCACGCCAGUCAGCUGGGCACGGUGUAUGCUACGAAGCGACGAAGGAGGAAUGGGAAGAACAUUAAACCACCAGCCAAGGACGGGGUCACCAAGAGCAACCCGAGCAAGCGUCACCGCGAGCGGCUGAACGCCGAGUUGGACACGCUGGCCUCGCUGCUCCCCUUCGAGCAGAACAUCCUGAGCAAGCUGGACCGCCUCAGCAUACUGCGCCUGUCCGUCAGCUACCUCCGGACUAAGAGCUACUUUCAAGUGGUGAUGCACAAGGAGAAGGAGGAGCUGCACGCGCUGCGCCGCGACCACGCGCACUACGACCACGCCAUGCCCGACGGGGAGAUGUUUCUGCAGGCACUGAACGGCUUCCUGAUGAUCCUGACGUGCGAGGGAGAGGUGUUCUUCGCCACACACAGCAUCGAGAGCUAUUUGGGCUUCCAUCAGUCAGACAUAGUCCACCAGUCAGUCUACGAGCUAGUACAUUCAGAAGACCGCGAGGAGCUACAGAGACAGUUGCUGUGGAACUCCUUCCUGCCCCCUGAAGCCAGCAGCCUGACCCUACAAGACGCGUUGAGGCCAGAGAGAGCGCAUUUGCUGGAGAGAAGUUUUACCGUUCGGUUUCGAUGUCUGCUCGAUAACACGUCAGGGUUUUUGAGGCUAGACAUCCGGGGCCGAGUCAAGGUGCUCCACGGGCAGAACAAGAAGACGGAGGAGCCGCCACUAGCCCUGUUCGCGAUCUGUGCGCCGUUCGGCCCACCCAGCCUGCUCGAGAUCCCGCAGAAGGAGGUCAUGUUCAAGAGCAAACACAAGUUGGACCUGUCGCUGGUUUCUAUGGACCAGAGAGGCAAGAUGCUGCUGGGCUACACGGACGCGGAGCUGGCCAACAUGGGCGGCUACGACCUCGUGCACUACGACGACCUCGCCUACGUCGCCAGCGCUCACCAGGAAUGUAAGGAAUUUACAUGGCUAUUUACUUCACUAUCACACUUCUCAAAAGUCUACACGUACCCCCUUAUUCAUAAAAAAAUACUCAAAACCGGUGCUUCCGGCAUGAUCGCGUAUCGCUUCCAGAGCAAGGAGGGUCCGUGGCAGUGGCUGCAGACCUCCUCGCGGCUCGUCUACAAGAACUCCAAGCCAGACUUCGUUAUCAGCACGCACCGCCCGCUCAUGGAAGAAGAAGGCAGAGACCUGCUCGGCAAAAGAACAAUGGACUUCAAAGUGAGCUACCUCGACACAGGACUGACCAGCUUAUACUUCUCCGAGUCAGAGCAGCUAUCUGGCUGUGAGACCGCGCCCACCACACCGCCUCGCACCGCGCGCCGCUACAAGACCCAACUCAGAGACUUCUUGUCAACCUGCAGAAACAAAAGACGGGUGCCAACCACCCCAGCACCGCCACCUGUGGAUUACCUAGCGGCAGACGCUGUCGCAGCCGCGUAUACCAACCUCAACGGCGCCUAUCCAACACCAUAUGGAGAAUACCCACCAGCACCGGCCCUUCAUUAUGCGCCGCCACCGCUAGACGACAGAUUCCUGUCAGCCGACAACAUCUUCCACCAAUACAAGCCUUUGAGCUACCACUACACUCCUUACGCUCCGAAUGGGUUUUUGGAGCCGGCACCACCGCCUCCAGGGUAUGAAGUGGCUCCGUCUGUCCCUUACCGACCUCCUUCAAGAGACUACACGUAUAUGGACAGUUCCGGUCGGUAUAUGAGUCCGGUUGGUGGCGUGGACAGAAGGUCACCGAGUGUGGUGGCCGGCCCCAGUCCUGGUGGGUCAAGCGGGUCAGCGGAUCAUGAGAGGAUGCAGCAGCAGCCGUCCUCGGAGAUGCCUCGGCAGACGGUGCUGAUGUGGGGUGCUGGUGGAGCGGCUCAGGAGGUGCCGGUCGAAUACUCCCCGCCUCAGGUAUGGCGCUAUCACCCAUCGCACGCGUACCACACGGCUGAGGCGACUCAGUGAUGCUAGAGUUGGUCGGGUUUUGUUUUGCCGCUCUUUUGUUUUGUUUCCUUGUCUUUGAUGAGAUUGAGGCAGUGAGUUUUUCCGUGAAUGUAUUUACUUUGUGCAAUCUUGGGUGUUUCCUUCGCGUGAGGAAGGGGUGUUUAAUUAAAUUGUAUUUGUUACCAUUUUUCGUUUCUUCGAAAUCCUAGAUAAUACCUCGCCGUUUCGCUUCGAGACCAUAAUUUCGAUGGGGUCUUAUUGACUAAAACAGGGUCCUUCUAUAUCUUCUUGUAGAUAAAUUUUAUUGUAUAUUAAUGAGAAAGAUACAAGAAUCUUAUCCAAAUAUUAUGAUAGUCGAUUUGUAUUAUUAUUUUUCACGAUGCAAUUUACACUUAGGUUAGAUUUAGAUGUAAAUAUUUUUAAAGUUUGAAGCUUGCUUGAAGUGUUUGGCGGCUUUGCAUCAUCACAGCUUGCUCCAGUACUUUGUAUUGUUAAUGGAACUAUGGAAUUUGAAUCCGAAUCACAAUGUUAUGUGGAAUAAGUUAUCGCAUUAUUCAUAUUUAUUUAGCCACUGCCACCGCAAUGUACCGUUAAUUUAUAAUUAAAUUUAUUUAUGUCGUUCCUUCAUUUCAUUUUCAUAUUCAACGAUGUUUUAUGUAUGAGAAAAUACAUAUCAAUUUGCACAUAAUUAUAAACACACAGUAUAAUAUAACGUAGUGAGAGCAUCGCAACGCACUGCCAACGCGUUUUUGUCCAAGCACAAGUUUUUUUGUAAAUGAGUUUUCAUCUUUGUGAUAAAGUCCUUUCCAAUACAAUUCCAGUAUUUAUUUGUAAUGUAACAGAAUCUAUUUUUCAUUGUGCUACAGUGACCCUCACCGUUGGCAGUGCAAGAUCUUCGUUUUGAGAAUUAUCUUCCGAAAUCGCCGUUUUCCUAGUAUUAACUUAUUUGUAGUAUUAAAACUUGUUCCUUAAUUACAAAGUUGUGCCUUACUUAUUAUUGUCAUUUAAUUAGCAGACUUUCUGUUUAUGACUUUUACUUUUUCAUGAAUAUGUUUUACAUAACUUAAUAUUUAUUUUGUAGGUUCAUCUUUUUACAUUUUCUUUAUUUAUUGAAUCAGCUAAGUAAUCAAUAUUACUUCCUACUGAGUGGCUGAGUAGUAAAAAGGCACAACUUUAUAAGAGAGGGUUCAAAUAAAUAAUUUCGUCUUCUUAUUAUGCCUA